GCACCCCCCUUUUUCUGUGAGGCAUAGCAGGCUAUUUUCAUCAUCAUCAUCAUUAUUUUGAUUCACCGUUAAUUGUAGAAGACCCCCUUUACAUUAGACAUUGUCGGCAAACUCUUUGUAAACAACAUUGCAAUAAAAAAUUCAGAGAAAUUGCAUGUACUUUCUGUAGUACUGUACAAAGACUAAAACCAAACAUUUUGAUAGGAGAUACAUGAGCAAAUACUUGGUAAGGGCUAAAACAUUUUUUCAAAAGGCUGGCAAAUGCAUGUAGGUAUGUCAUUGUCUGCAUCUGUGUUUGCAUUUUUCAUAAUUUGUAGUAUGUCUUUGUUGUGUGUUGAGUAUGUUUGUCAUCAUUUGUACUACUACUCGUAGUAUCUUCUAUCACAACGAAAGAGAUUAUUUUAUGGUAGGAAUGUUUAAUUCCUUGUAAAGCAGUUUAGAGAAAACUGUUGUGUUGUGGUGGAAAUGUAUUUUGACUGGCCAGGCUUCUCUGACAGCCAAUGCAUCCAGUGCAGUUUUAGGGCUUGGAAACCAGAUUUUUCAAAGUCAAUAUUCUAGUCACUUAUCUACAUACUAAGUUGAAACAGCAAUGUAUAUCAAUAUUCAUUGAGCAAAAAUGCCCAAAUUCUGACGAAAAACGGUUACUGGAAGGACCUGGAUUGAUUUUUAGGGUACCACCCAGAAAAUAAAGGACUAAUCUUGGGGCUUGUUUCUGCAGUUUUAAUUUUUUGUAGUUUAAAUGCCUAAACGUUUAGCCUAAAGUAUGAAAUAUUGAUCCAAAUGUACUUAUGUAGGAUAGUAUGAGUCAAUAUCAUACAGGUUGCCUAAUUCAGAAUAUUUCCAGUUUUGCUGUCCUAAAAAUUGCGUUGGAUGCCUUUAAUGACUGUUAAAGAAGCUUAGUUAUGUCCAGUAACAAAUGUUGACUGCAUAUCGUACAACACGUAACAAAGACAUGGUCGCUGAAGUGGUGAUUUUUAACAUGCAGAGCCCCUUAUGUCCCCAUUAGGUACAGUCCUGUGCAGAUAGACAUGGAAGCCCUUUCUGUCUUCACCUCUAAGUCAAGUACCCACUUCUGCCUGAUAAGCACUGAGAUGACAAACAAGGAAGUCGGCAUGGAGGUCCAGGAGCAGCACAACACCAUCCACUGGUUCCGCAAGGGCCUUCGUUUCCACGACAACCCGUCCCUCCUGCACGCCCUGCGCACGUCGCGCCACGUCUACCCCGUCUACAUCCUGGACUUAGACUUCAUGAAGGACUUUAAGAUUCGCUGCGGGGCCAACCAGUGGAGGUUCAUGAUCCAGUGCCUCGAGGACUUGGACGAGAGGCUGCGUAAGUACGGGCUGCGGUUGUUCGUGGUCCGCGGGAGCGCGGAGACGUUCUUUAGGGAACAGUUCCGGAGGUGGAACAUCACGCAGCUCACGCACGACGUGGAGACGGAACACUACCACCGGUUCCGGGACGCGGCGGUGAGGAAGAUCGCGACAGACGCUGGCGUGGAAGUUGUGAACUACGUGGCCCACACACUGUACAACAUCGACAAGAUUAUAGAAUACAACGGAGGCACGGCGCCGCUCACAUACAGGAAGUUCCAAAAGGUCCUGAGGGACUUCGGCGCCCCUCCCCAGGCCAGCGAAAUGGCUACGGCUGAGCAUUUCGCCAACUGUUCCCUCCCUCCCGAGGACUUACACGACGAGAAAUAUGACAUGGUGACUCUAGAGGAGCUAGGAGUGAAGUGUGAGAAUCCCUUCAAGUUCGUAGGAGGGGAGACUGAAGGACUGAGAAGGGUGGAGAAACAUCUACAGAAUCAGGGUUGGAUCACACAGUUUGAGAAGCCGAAGACAGCGCCCACCUCCCUCCUACCCAGCACCACCGGCCUCAGUCCCUACUUCAGCGUGGGCUGUCUGUCAGUACGAUACUUCUACCAUCGACUCAACAACAUCUACGCAAAGGCAAAGGACCAUUCGCUGCCGCCCGUGUCGCUCCAGGGCCAGCUGUUGUGGCGAGAGUUUUUCUACGUGGCGGCCGCACAGACGCCGAAUUUCGUGGUGAUGGCGGGGAAUCCCAUCUGUCUGCAGAUCCCGUGGUACGAGAACAAGGAGCACCUCCGCAGGUGGCGACACGCUGAGACGGGCUUCCCCUGGAUAGAUGCGAUCAUGUCGCAGCUACAGCAGGAGGGGUGGAUCCACCACUUGGCACGGCACGCUGUGGCCUGCUUCCUGACCAGAGGGGACCUGUGGAUCUCCUGGGAGGAGGGGCAGAAGGUAUUUGAGGAGCUCCUGUUAGAUGCAGACUACAGUGUGAAUGCAGGGAACUGGAUGUGGCUGUCAGGCAGCGCGUUCUACCACCAGUACACACGCAUCUUCUGUCCCGUUAGGUUCGGCAAACGGACUGACCCUAACGGCACCUUCAUCAGAGCGUACCUGCCUGUUCUGAAGGACUUCCCAGCUCAGUACAUCUACGAGCCGUGGAAGGCGCCACUCAAGGUGCAGGAGGCGGCAGGGUGCAUUGUGGGAAGGGACUACCCGUUCCCGAUGGUGGACCACGAGAUCGUGAGUCAGCAGAACCUGGAACUGAUGCGGGAAAUCCGCGAACAACAGCGACAGAUCACGUUACUCACGCUCGAGGGGAGAGAAGACGAGAGCAGCACCAGUACAGACGGAGGAGACAGCAGGAAGAGAAAACGACCCGUCCACCCCGCAAACGACGACGAGAUCAUAAAGGUGGUGGUGACCACCGCGCUGUGAGUCGGCGGUGAAGCGCUCUGUUCUUACGUUUAGUGGUCUGGCUUCUGUCCUGACUGUACAAUCAUCCCCGGACAUUAGGAACUGUAGAUAUGUAUUGUCAGGAUGUAGUUUUUUGGCACACAAUCUCCAGUUCUGUAUCUGUAACAGUUAUAUCUGGUAGAACCACCCUUCGGCAUAACACACCAGCUUCUGUCUCUAGACCUGUAUCUGUAUAGCCAGUAUAACUGCCCUUCAGUGUAACACACCAGUUUCGUAGGC